AUGUCUUACUUAAAUAACCCCGCUAUUGUCAUGGAUAAUGGUACCGGUCUAACCAAGCUAGGUUUUGCCGGUAACGAUUCACCUUCAUGGAUUUUCCCAACUGCUAUAGCCACAUCCCAGAACCAUACUAAAAAGACAAGUUCCAUGAGUAGUACUUCCAAUACUACAUCUUCAAAUCAAUAUUUCGGUAAUUCCACCUCUGCUACCUCUUUCAACUCUUUGAAUGCAAGUAUGCCACUUUCCAACAAUUUGGCUGGUAAAAGAGGUACUGAAGAUUUAGAUUUCUAUAUCGGUAAUGAAGCAUUGGCUGCUGCUCAAGGACCAUCAUAUUCUCUAAGUUAUCCAAUUAGACACGGUCAAAUCGAAAAUUGGGAUCAUAUGGAAAGAUUCUGGGAAAAUUCAAUUUUUAAAUAUUUAAGAACUGAACCUGAAGAUCAUUUCUUCCUAUUAACUGAACCACCUUUGAAUCCUCCAGAAAAUAGAGAACAAGUGGCAGAAAUUUUCUUCGAAUCGUUCAAUUGUGCUGGUUUAUAUAUCGCCGUACAAGCAGUUCUGGCGUUAGCUGCUUCAUGGACUUCAUCAAAAGUUACAGACAGGUCUUUAACUGGUACCGUCAUUGACUCUGGUGAUGGUGUGACCCACGUUAUCCCAGUCGCUGAAGGUUAUGUCAUUGGUUCUGCCAUUAAAAACAUCCCAAUUGCAGGUAGAGAUAUUACUCUUUUCAUUCAAUCCUUGUUGAGGGAACGUGGUGAAACUGAUACUUCUUUAAGAACAGCAGAACGUAUCAAACAGGAAUAUUGUUACGUUUGUCCAGAUAUAGUCAAGGAAUUCAACAAAUUUGAUAGAAAUCCAGAUAAAUUUGCUCAAUUUAUUGUAGAAAAUCAAGAAAAGACACAAAAGAAAAUUGUUGAUGUUGGUUAUGAAAGAUUUUUAGCUCCAGAAAUCUUCUUCAACCCAGAAAUCGCCUCUUCUGAUUUCUUAACCCCGUUACCAACUAUUGUAGACCAUACUAUCCAGGCUUGUCCUAUUGAUGUACGUAAGGGAUUAUACAAUAAUAUUGUACUUUCUGGUGGGUCCACAAUGUUUAAAGAUUUUGGCCGUCGUUUACAAAGAGAUAUAAAAUCAAUUGUUAACAACAGAAUAGCACAAAGUGAAUUAUUGAGUGGCACCAAAUCAACAGGUGUCGAUGUUAAUGUCAUCACCCAUAGAAAACAAAGAAAUGCCGUUUGGUUCGGUGGUUCAUUAUUAGCACAGACUGCUGAAUUCAAAAGUUAUUGUCAUACCAAGAAGGAUUAUGAAGAAUAUGGUCCUGAAAUUGUCAGAAAUUUCAGUCUUUUCAAUAUGGUAUAG